GAAAUUACUGAAACUUAUCUGGAACGAUAUGUGGGCCCAUGUAGUGAAGCUUAAAUUGAAAUUUGCCAUUACCAGUGGCAAACAGCUGUAGCAGCUCAGUAAAUUAAUUCCGUACUAGUGCUACUCCCUGCAUGCGGCUGUUGCUACUAAUUUAGGGAGGAAAAAAAAUCAAAACAGGGGGCAGAAGAAGAUACGGAUAGGGAGGCAAAUAGUCUAUAAUAUAUAAUAUAUAAUAUAUAAGACCAUUAAAAGUUUCACUUGUGAUAGUCAUAGUAAUAGUUUCAAUAAUUGUAUAGUAAUUAAUAAAAAUAUUUCCUAGUAAUUAAUUAACGUUUAUAUAAUGUGUUUUCCAGGGGACAGAAACAGAAAGUCUAGUAAUUCAGAUGAUGCAACUAAUCAAACUAAUGAUCCAGAUAUGGAUAAAUUAGUUGCAAACAUUGAGGAUUUCAAACGGAAUUUUAGUAGUGUUACCAAAUCAAUUUUCAAUAUAACCAAUGAGUCAUUGAGUCAAUUCAAUGACAUUGCCAAAGACUAUUCAUUCAAUUGGUUAUUUGAUCUUGAUCGUGAUACUGAUACAACUACAGAAGAUUUUAGAAAGAGUUUUAAGGAUUUCUUAGCCAAAGAUGGUGAUUCACCAUUUGAAGAAAGUCAAGAUAAAGAAUUUGAAUAUCCAAGUCAAUAUGAAGUUAGAAAUUCUUAUUCCAAAGCAGUUGGUGCUGGUGAUAAUGUUUCAGUAAAUCCAUUUAUUGGUGGAGGAUUUCGUGAUUUUUUUCAUGGGAACUUUAGAAGUGGUAAAUCUCCAUUUGGUUAUUAUUCUUAUAAGGCUCCUUCCAUUAGAUAUUAUAAUCAAUGUGUUAAUAAAGGUGGUGAAUCUGUUUGGGAUGCUAAGGGAUACUGGAGAUGUUUAUUUCCCAAUAGUGAAAUUCCGGUUGAAUUAUUAAAUUACAAGCAAGAAAAGUUAUCUGAUAGAAUUCUUACUAAGGAAGAUUUAAAUAAUGCUAUUCAAGAAAAGGGGGUAAAUAGUAAAGAUGGGGUCAUUGAUCUUGGAGAAAAGGGGGUAUUUUUCCACAAGUUUGAAGAUUACUUGAAUUGGAAGAGUAUUAUGUAUGACAAUGUUAAAAAGGACAGAAUUAGAAGAAGAGGUCACUGGAAAAAGAAGUUGGAGGAUGCUAAAGACAAAUUGCUUGUCCAAGACAACAAUAAUGCGAAAGAGCCAGUUAAACAGCCAGUGAAAGAGUUUGUUAAUGAACCAAGUACUGAGAAAAAAGUUACCUCUACUGUUGUAAGCUCUCAUUUUCAUACUAAUCCUAAUACAAAUGAAGUAGAAUUCAAUGAGAUUAGAAAGGAGUACUUUACAGAUGGUACAUCAUUGACUAGAAGAAUCAAGAAAUCCAAGCCUGUCGAGGCUGACGAUUGGGUCAAUAUCAAUGAGACCAUUGAGUCUGGUGGAGUUAAGAAGGCGUUAAGUUCCGCAGCUCCAGCUCCAGCUCCAACAACAACCCCCGCAACAAACGAACUGAGUGGCGGUUGGUUCUGGAACUCGGGAAAGAAGUAGUCUUUUUUUAUAUUCAUAUAUCAUAUACUGUGGUGGAUAUGGUUUGGUUCUUAGGUUAAAUAGGCGUGUAUAUAUUUUGUUAGUUGUAUGUAAUGAAUUGUUUUAUUUGAAUUGUGUCGCGUGGUAG